AUGACCCCCGGUGCGCUGACCGAGGGCACCGUCCUUGCGACGGGUGCGCUCGCUGCCUCCAAGAUCCGGCAGCGGGUCCGGGAGGUGCUGGAGGACAAGGACGCUGAUUACCCGGUGCCCGGCCACCCGUCGAUGCGCCUGGACGAGAAUUUUGUCGAUCUGCGCCGCCCCUCGAGGCCGAAGGCGCUACGGGUGUCGUCCACCUCCGCGGGGCAGACCGCGACCCCACCGGCGGCGAGCGGCGGUGUCGCUGGUGAGACCGAGGGUCCUACCACGGAGGUGGCUCCUGCGGCGGCAACCGGUGGAGUGGCGCCGUCACUGGGCACGGGACAGGGUCUGACCCCCGCUCCAUCCUCUGCCUCUUUGGCUGACCCUGCGGUGCAGAGCAUUGCUCCUGGGGGCCCUCAGACUGGGAAGGUGAUUGACCUUGAUGCGGAGGGGGAGCGUGCGGCUCUGACGGUAGUGGUGGAGACGGGGGUAGUUGCCCCAGUGGCCAUGACGGCGACGGCGGUGGCGACGGAGGAGGGAGAGUCUACCCCCGCGGCCACGACGGGGACAGCGGUGGCGGAGGAGGUAGGGACGCCCACCCCGGCGGCUGCGACAAAGGAGGCAUCGGCGACGGAGACGGGGACUUCUGCCCGGGGAGCCGCAGUAGAGGGGUCAGCGGCGGUGGAGGCGGAGUUGCCUGCUCAUGAGUCCAUGACGGGGGUGGGGACGCCUGCCUUGGUGGCAAUGACAGAGGGCGCGGCGGCCACGGGAACACUUGCUCUGGCAUUCGCGACGGAGGUGGUAGCGCCGACGGACCGGUCGAGACGCGUGUUGGCGUCGGCGGUGGCCACGGUGGCCUUGAUGGGGGUGAGGGCGCACGCGCCAGGACUGUCGAGACCCCUCUUCACGCUGGAUGACGCCGUGGAGUGGGGCAAGUGGCAGGCGCAGCAGGGCGAACUUGCUAACGUCCGCGCUGCCCUAUCUUCGACGUUGGGGGAGCUGGACGGCGUCGUCGUCCCCGGUGGCUGGGCCCUCCAAGAAUGUAGCUGGGGAAAGUCCGAUUUCCUCCGGCUUGAGCGAGGGCUCUGGGAACGCUUCACCUUGGACAAUCAGUGGACCAGGGAGUUGACCGCGCAGGUUGCCGCCACCUAG